CAGGAAUUCACAUUGGAAGGAGUGAUGGAAGACAGUUCGGAUGAGGAGUAUGUGCCUGAGCCUGCCACAGACUAUGAUUUGUCGUGGGAAAGUCUGAGACCAGGGGGUAAAGGAAAGGGCAGUACAGGAAAGGGGAGAGGAAAAGGUCGCUCGGAUGGUCGGGGAAGGACACGCUCAAGGGGUGAGGGCCGCAGGUCGAGGUCCAGAGCUCCUUCAAGAGGACCAGGGCGCCGGGGUAGGCAGCGAACAGCUUUCAGAGAAGAGGACCGAGACCGGCUUGCACAGCUGAGAGCUGCCAGUAUAGCUGAGAUGCAGACAGCUUUACAACACCUGAGCCAGGAGGAGAGAGAUUAUAUUCUCGAGAGAGUGGUGACCCGUCUUCCAGGGGUGAUGCUGGAUAUCCUGGAGUUUUGGCAAGAGACGCCAGGACACCGUCUUCCUGAUCGAGGGCAGCCUGCGUGGUGCACUUGCCAGAACUGCCGACGCAUGCCUACACAGAUUGAAAACCUGUGCUGUAGGCAAGUUCCAGAGCUCUGUCUAAGCAGAAGUGCUCACCUGGAGCUAUACUGCUUGGAUGAGGGCACACUGCAUCUAGUGAGGAUGACCUGGAACGACAUCUUCGCCUUAGAGGACAACCAAGAUGUGGGCACAGACAGUUUCAUUUUGCUGCGUAUCGUCAGUUUACAGUCUGGCAACAUGGGUGUCUGGGAAGAGGAAGUCGGAGACCAAUUCCAAGCUACUGUGUUCUAUGUAUACGGGAAAAAUUCCCUGAUCCAUUUGGGAAUUAAUGUUGAGCAUUGCAGCAUCAAUCGCGUAUGA